AUGGCUUGGCGCGUGGGGGUAUGUCGUCGUGAUCGGGAAUGAUUGGUUGUUGGUGAUUGGUGAACCAACGAUCACGGGGAAGAGACUCCCGCGGCUUUUUGAUAAAUUUUAAUCUUCUUGCGUGUUUUCAUUGCCUCGUGUUUUCGGGUUACCACUUUUCUGGGGUACGGUAGGAGGGACGCACGCUAACGUAGGCGGAUUCAAACAUACAGAUCAACAAGCCGCAUCUGGCGUACACGAUCUUGGGCGGAUUCACGUCUAUUUUCAUGCUGGUUUCCUUAUUUAUCAAGGAAAAAUUGUACAUCGGCGAAGCUAGUGAGUGCGCUGGCUUGGAAUUUGACGGUAGAAAGGGCCUAAUUAAUUGUUAUAGCCGUUGCGACGAUAUGUGGUAUCAUCUUUGGUCCCUCGGCUGCCGGGUUGUUCGAUCCCCAGACAUGGGGGAAUGUUGACCAAAUUACGUUGGAAGCGUCCCGGAUAGUCCUUGUCGUUCAAUGUUUUGCCGUCGGGGUCGAAUUGCCGAAGGUUGGACCUUCCUCGAUUUUCGCUUGAUUUAUUUUUAUACUGAUCGCUUGCGUAGAAAUACAUGGAGCGUCAUUGGAAGUCUGUGGUCUUUCUCCUGAUCCCUGUGAUGACAUGGGGAUGGUUGAUCACUUCUCUGAUCAUUUGGUGGAUGAUACCGUCCCUGAACUGGCUAGAUUCGCUCACUAUAGCUGCCUGUGUCACGGCAACGGAUCCCGUUCUUGCAUCUUCAGUUGUUGGAAAGGGUAAAUUCGCCCGCCGAAUUCCUAAGCACCUUCGUGAUAUCCUUUCCGCCGAGUCGGGGUGUAAUGACGGAAUGGCUUUUCCGUUUAUUUACCUGGCGCUCUACUUGAUUCAGUACAGGCCUAACGCUACCAGUGUAUUUUACCACUGGUUUUGCUUCACGGUUCUCUACGAGUGCCUCUUUGGAGCGAUUUAUGGAGCUUGCAUUGGCUACGCGGGACGACGCGCUAUUCGCUGGGCCGAGGGUAAGAACAUUAUUGAUCGCGAGAGUUUCUUGGUGUUUUAUUUCACACUUGCCCUUUGGUGUGCUGGAACUGGAAGUAUGCUUGGGCUGGAUGAUCUCCUGGUUGGGUUUUGCGCUGGUGUCGCAUUUUCAAACGAUGGAUGGUUUGCCCAAAAGACCGAGGAAUCUCACGUUUCCAACGUUAUCGACUUGCUGCUUAAUUUGGCUUACUUUGUCUACUUUGGCUCGAUUAUCCCGUGGGCAGACUUCAACAGGCCCAGUUGGGGGAUCACACCGUGGAGGCUUGUUGUUGUUGCCCUAUUUGUGAUAUUAUUCAGGCGGAUCCCGGUAAUGGUUGCCCUGAAGCCGCUGAUUCCUGAUAUAAAGACUUGGCGAGAGGCGCUUUUUGCUGGCCAUUUCGGACCCAUUGGCGUAGGUGCUAUCUUCGUUGCGAUUCUGGCCAGAGCAGAGCUCGAAACCCAUUCGACUACGCCCACACCUAGGGGGGACUUUGCUGAGCUGGAGAAAACAAAUAAGCACUUUAUCUUGAUUUCGUUGAUUUGGCCGAUUACAUGCUUUCUGGUCAUUUCUUCGAUUGUGGUUCACGGGUCCUCGAUUGCCGUCUUUACGCUCGGAAAACGUAUCAAUACCAUGAAGAUUACCAUGUCUUACACUACGGCCAACGAGGAACCGAAUUGGCUUGCUAGGCUUCCGAGAAUUACGCCCAAGACAUCAAUGUCCAUUCGCAAACCCGACAUGGACGAGUCUUCGGAUGAAAAAUCGACCAUGGUUACCGAUCGGAUGGUCCCUCCUGGGACUCUUCCUGCGCCAGGCGGUAUUCCCGGUGGAUUCCAGACGAGAGAAAAUGGCCUUCGUGAUACCGAUAGCCCGGCGGUAAGCAGGCCAGCCAGUAUCAGGGCCAAACGUAGAAGGAAUUGGGAAUCCGGAAUAGGGCCCGGUGGACCGAUAUCUGAUUCGGCUAUAGCGCCCCGCAGGAGAAGGGAUGAAGAAGAAGCCAAUGUGGCUAUCCCGGAAACUGCAGCUAAGGGGGGCGAUAGCUAUGGGUAUUCCCUUCAGCCCCUUGAGGGCAGGGGUAAUGGAACCGAAGUAUACCAAGAAGGCAGGAAUAUCAUUGUGGAGAACGAGCGGGGCGAUGUGUUGGGACAAACCAAAGUCCCACAAACACCUGUCGAUGAACCUGUCGGCCCCUUGGAUGCUCUUAGGAGACCACGGCACGAACAUCGUCCGCAUCGUGAGAGGGAGGAGGAAGAAAGGGAAAGGGAAUCCGAGAGACGACCCCCUAAAAAGAUUGAAAAGGCCACCGCUCAUGAGGUCACCGAUGAGAGAUCGGCUCUCAGAGCCGUUCGGGAGGAAAACAAGCUUGAGGGUGAAGGACGUCGCCGAGAGCCGGCAUGGGCUUAUCGUUUCGAUGACAACAUUGUAGUCGAAGAUGAAGAUGGAGAAAUUAUUCGCAGGUAUAAGCUGCCCAAGACGAGGCGACCCAGCGCCAGUUCGAAACGCGCAAACACGCUUGAGAAUUUGAUGGGUUUCUUCGGGGGUAAGAAGAAGGAUAAAACUUCUCCAGAAGAUGCCCAACCCGAUGACGACAAUGAUGAUGCCAAGACUGUGUAUUCCGAGGACGAAGAAGAACCUCGUGACAAGGGGAUACAUUUUAGGAUGCAUGAUGAACGCGGGAGGAAGAUGAGCAAACAAGAGUUCUUACACCAGCUGCAGAAGAUGGAUCCCCAUGCCCGUGCGGCAAUGGCCAGCAGGAGCGAACUGCCGGAGAAUUCCCAGGAAAGUGACCUUGCAGCAGCGCUCCGCGCACGUGCUGUUUCUGGCCAAAAGGAGUUACUCCAAGUCCCCCCAUCGGCUCCCCAAGUCGAUCGCCCCAAGAACGAACCCGGCAGCUUUACGCCUCUCGAUGGACCAAGUUCCAGAUCCUCCGGCGAGUCGCUGAACUCCAGAUAUGAGCAGAAACACCCGGUCACCAGCGUAAAAUCGACCGACUCAAAACUAGGCGAUGAACGUGACGAGGAGACUGCGGCGGAGAGGAAGAGACGUGAGGCUGCGCUCGGACUCACAGGAUACGACGAACCGGAUAGUGAUGACGACGGUGGACCCGGCUGGCGCAUGACUGACGCAUCCGGUAGCAGCGCCCAGGGGCCAACCAGAAGCCCGGGUAUUCGUUUUGCUGACCAACCGCGCACGCCCAGCACAGGGCCUCCUGUUGGUCUCGCGCCUAGAGGAAAGACGCUGAGUUGGGGGAAAGACGUGGUGACGGGGAAAGGUAAGGAGAGGGAAUGA